CCCUCCUCCCUUUUCCUUCCCAACGCUACCACGCUUCUUUAUGUUUUCAGGCUCCCCUGUUUGCUGUACCCCAGUCUCGUAGACCGGGCCCGAGGUGACACCUCACGGGCACCGGCGCUGUUCCGGGGGCUUCGGGCGCGCUGGAGGGGGGCGUGGGGACAGCAGUCGGAGAGGUCGCUUUGUUUUCGGGACGUGGGGGCUCUUUGUGAGCAAGUUGGGUUGACCCUUGGUCUCUGCCUAGGGCAGUCCACUCUGUGCAGGUCUAGGCUCUGGCCUGAGGCUCGAACAUUUCACUUCCGCGGAGGCCGAGACUCGGUUCUAGGUUCGGGCGCGGUUGGCAGCAGGGUUCCGAACCUCAGCGCGGCUCUGCGCGUACCAGCGGCCGGGAGGGGCCGGGUGGGAGAGGCGCUGCCACCCCAGAGGGACCGCUCCUGGGUGCAUGUGAAUGUGUGCGUGUGAGUGAGGCAUGAAAGACGAGAAACGCGAGAGCAGGAAGCUAGAUAAAGUCAAGGCUGUUCCGACAACUUUGCGGUAGCGGCAGCGGGGAUUUCGGGGCCGCCGGAUUGUGCAGAGGCUCUGCCGGGACACGCAGGAGGCGAGGUGCCGCCCGUUGUGACAACCUGGCGGGCGGAGUGGCAGCGGCGGCGCGCUGGGAAAGUCAGCCUUGUCGUGGGGGCCGCCGGGCGGUAGUGACCCAGCCAGUCGGACGGGUUUACGCCGGGAGCCGGGAGCCGGUGCCAGCUGCGCCCGGGCUGGGCCGCCUCGUGUCUGUGCGCGCCCGGGGCAGCGUCCAGGCUCCCCCUCGCGGAGCCCCGGGAGGGAGAGCCGAGGGAGGAGCGCGCGGGUAUCCGAGGGAAGCUCUCUAGGUCGCCGAGCCGAGCGAGGGCUGGUCCCAGACGGGGCGCUGGGCCAUGGAGGCGCCGGGCGGCAGCGGACAGCCAAACCCGGAUUCCCUGGCCGGCCUGCGCUGCAGGGAAGCCCGCGGCCGGAGAGCACCAAGAGGCGCCUCCGGAGCUCAGAGCCCGAGCAGCGCCCGCACGCGGUGCCCCGCGGCUCCUGUCCGCUACGCGCGACCCCCGCCACAUCCUGAGGACCGUCACGACGGCACCAGCAACGGGACGGCACGGUUGCCCCAGCUGGGCACUGUAGGUCAAUCUCCCUACACCAGCGCCCCGCCGCUGUCCCACACCCCCAAUGCCGACUUCCAGCCCCCCUACUUCCCCCCGCCCUACCAGCCUAUCUACCCUCAGUCGCAAGAUCCUUACUCCCACGUCAACGACCCCUACAGCCUGAACCCCCUGCACGCCCAGCCGCAGCCGCAGCACCCGGGCUGGCCCGGCCAGAGGCAGAGCCAGGACUCUGGGCUCCUGCACACUCACCGGGGGCUGCCCCACCAGCUGUCGGGCCUGGAUCCUCGCAGGGAUUACCGGCGGCACGAGGACCUCCUGCACGGCCCGCACGGGCUCGGCUCCGGACUCGGAGACCUCCCGAUCCACUCCUUACCUCACGCCAUCGAGGACGUCCCGCACGUAGAAGACCCGGGUAUUAACAUCCCAGAUCAAACUGUAAUUAAGAAAGGCCCCGUGUCCCUGUCCAAGUCCAACAGCAACGCCGUCUCCGCAAUCCCUAUCAACAAGGACAACCUCUUCGGCGGCGUGGUGAACCCCAACGAAGUCUUUUGUUCAGUUCCGGGUCGCCUCUCGCUCCUCAGCUCCACCUCGAAGUACAAGGUCACGGUGGCGGAAGUGCAGCGGCGCCUCUCACCGCCCGAGUGUCUCAACGCGUCGCUGCUGGGCGGAGUGCUCCGGAGGGCGAAGUCUAAAAAUGGAGGAAGAUCUCUAAGAGAAAAACUGGACAAAAUAGGAUUAAAUCUGCCAGCAGGGAGACGUAAAGCUGCCAACGUUACCCUGCUGACAUCACUAGUGGAGGGAGAAGCUGUCCAUCUAGCCAGGGACUUUGGGUACGUGUGUGAAACUGAAUUUCCUGCCAAAGCGGUAGCUGAAUUUCUCAACCGACAACAUUCCGAUCCCAAUGAGCAAGUGACAAGAAAAAACAUGCUCCUGGCUACGAAACAGAUAUGCAAGGAGUUCACCGACCUGCUGGCUCAGGACAGAUCUCCCCUGGGGAACUCAAGGCCCAACCCCAUCCUGGAGCCGGGCAUCCAGAGCUGCUUGACCCACUUCAACCUCAUCUCCCACGGCUUUGGCAGCCCGGCGGUGUGUGCCGCGGUCACGGCCCUUCAGAACUAUCUCACGGAAGCCCUCAAGGCCAUGGACAAAAUGUACCUCAGCAACAACCCCAACAGCCACACGGACAACAGCGCCAAAAGCAGUGACAAAGAGGAGAAACACAGAAAGUGAGGCUCUCUCCUCCUGCCCUUCCCGCCCCCACCGGCAGGUGACAGCUUGGGGACCAGCCACCUUUCCUGCUGCUGCUGCUGCUGCUGCUGUGUGCUGCCGCUGUUGCUGCCCUCCGGUCCCCAGUGUCCUCGGGACUGCUUUCUACUGCCAGGGGGCAGACACUGCCGCUGACUCCGCCCCCUUCCUCGACUUACCCCCCCCCAGCCCUUAUGUAGAGCCUAAGAGAACAGAACAGGCCAUGAAGCCAGCCCAGAAAAGUUCUGUCGAGUUUGUGAAUCUUUUUUUUUUUUAACCAACAAAUCACCAACAAACAUUAAAAACUUUUUUUUCUAAAAAAAAGAACGUAAAAAAUUAAAAAAAAAAUUAUAUGAGCUUCAUGGGACCGAAUCACCACCUUCCCUUACAUACUUCAGUUCAGAUUGUAGCCAUACUUUAAAAAAAGGCAAAAAGCGUAAUGACCUUUUUAUCAGUAUUGUGAAUAAACUUGAACACAAAUACACGAAGUUCCAUGUCAUGUCUUCAGUUGUAGAAGUUUCCCCUCUCCAAGGUAAAGUGACCAACUUGAACUCUCUCUGGCAACACGAUUCACAGUCAGAUAAGGGAAUCAGUGUUCACAACUCUGUAUAUAUUUAUUUAUGUGUAAUUUAAUGGGAUUUGUAAAUAUGGUGAGUCUGUUUUAAGCCUUUUUUUUUUUUUAAUUUAUCUGGUGAUCUCGUUUACCUCUUGUUUAGUGGGUUCUGAUCUUCCCUAUUAGUUCUUCAUGUGGUUCAUGGUACUUAGAACUCCACAGUUUGGGGAAUUUUGUUUUUCCUCCAGGAUUCAUGAAUUUAGCCCUGUUGUAGCAUGUUAAAAGGUGAAAAUGAAACAGCUGGACAAAUAAAAAAAAAAAAGAAAAUAAAAUUUUAUAUAUAAUUAGUAUUACAUUUAGCUUUUCAUUGAACUGAAAGAAAAAAGUGACAUUGGACCCUGGAAAGAUUUUUAAACUUGAGCAGUUUGAUAAUGAUAACCCUUCUAUGUAUUGUGGGGGGAAAAAGUUUAUUUUAUUCUACCAUCCUCCUUCAAAGCAUCAUUUGAGCAAUAAAUGAAUCUUGACUUUACACCAAGGGUUAGGGAGUCUCUCUCUCUCUCUCUCUCUCUCUCUCUCUCUCUCCUUCUCUCUCUCUCUCUCUUUCUUUCCCUCCUCUCUUUUUGUUCAAGGAACUUCAGACAGUUGGGACCACCUGGUGUCCUGUGUUUUCACUGGCCCUAUUGGAAACAGUUCUAGUUGUAUUGUAUUGAGUUGUGCCGGCAGUAGUUUUCAUGCCUGUCAAUGUAUCAUAGUCCUUUGUUGCCCAGAUAAAUAAAUAUUUGAUACGCUUUA